AUGAAACUUCAGGAACAACGAGAGGAAUUUGAACAAACCAUUUCACAAAUGAAAAAACGUAUCAAUAAUCAGCAGCAACAGAUAUCUCAGGUUCAGACGACACAAACUCAGGCCCAAGGACAAGGUCAAGGACAACCACAAACACAGACAACAAGACUCAAUCCAGCUGGAAGCACCACCUCCGGUACUACUGGUGGUAGUCAGACCGUUUCAACGACGAGACCACCAAUAGCACCUGGAUCUACAACAACUGCACCAUCCACCUCCACCUCCACCACCACAACCAUUCCGACAACAUCGACCACACCAAGAUUAGUAAGAAGACAACCAACUAAUCCACAAACAUCAACAUCAACAUCAACACCAAUAACAUUUACACCUCUUUAUUCAUCAACAUCAAGAUAA